AUGGAUAGCUUAGUCGGAUUGACGAGUUUCGCUAGCACAUACCAUAAUGAACAGGACAGUGUUAUCAACCAAGACAAGUAUGCUGAUGAGUAUAAACUUUUUCGAAAUAAGUCAAUAGAUUUAUGUGGGAUCAUACCUCCAGCCGUUGAUUUGCAAUCGGAACAACAACCGUUUAAUUUGGUUUACCAAAUCAUCAACAGCAAGUCUUUAUUUUUCGAGACCAUUCUUGAAGCAGACGAUGGGCUUUCAAAUGAGUUCUGGCUCGCUGUUGGUCAACAGGCGGAUGCAAGCACUCAACACACAUCUGUAUCUGCCGAGAGUGUGUUGAUGCGAACUGUCUCUUUCUAUGUGACACGGCUUUUACCAAUUGAGUCAACAGUCCCUAGUAUUGGAUGUGCACCACUAGUUACUGAAGUGGGGCAUAGAAAGCGCACCCCGCUAGAUCUUUUUCUUCCUACAUCGCCUUUAGUCAACUCGAUAAACCGGUGUUUUAGAGUCUCAGGAGUUUUACUCAUUGAUGAUGUUGAGGUUAAAACUUUAAAUAAUGGGCGGUUACUAAUGGCGCAUUAUCUGAAUGUCUGCAGGUACUUAUUGAAACAGUUUCACGUCUUCUGUAUGUAUGACAUGGGAGAUCAGGAAUCCUUUGCAGUAAAAGUGUGUCCUUGGAUGCCUUUCAUACGUGUGCACGAAAAAUUCUACCGUAUACUUCUUGGAAAAAUAUUUCGAAGAGUUGCGACGUUCAACUUAACAAUCGAUACAGUUCGAGUCGUUCGUGCAACUGUGGAAUUUUCUUGGAAGGAGCCGAUGGUCACUAUGCUCAGGUUGGUUUCGACGAAACGUAUUCAGUUAUCAAAUACGGCUCAACGGUCGACUUUCAUUGAUGGCCAAAAACAAUCCUUUCUUCAUGUCCUAUUUGGAGAAUCUCUAUCACCUUCUAUGCAAGAUAAUUACGAGGUCAUCAAAUCCGUGGAAGACCUGUUGGCUGAAGCCGAUGCUAAUAUGGGGACGCACUUUAUGGCUCAGGCGACUUUGAAUACUGAUUCUACCAGAUCAAACUUUCCUACUAACAAUUACUAUACUCCAUUCUCGGAGACUCCAAAAAGAGCACCGCAACUUUUACCAGACCAUGUAAGAGAUCCUACUACAGGACUAAUGUAUUUGACGGACCUUGGGAAACGUCAAGUAUGGAGUGGUGAAAGGUGGUGUUGGUUAUUUUCUGUUUUCAGUCCCAUGACGUUCAGAAUUACACAGAUGAAACGGAGUUAUUCUUCACUGGGAACUUUUGUUUCACUCUCGAAUGUUACUUUCUCUUUUGUUGCUUUAGCGGAGCAGUAUUCAAAAGAUACAGUUUUUGGUGCGAUUGCUAGGACAGUGAUGGAUCCACCUUGUCCAAAUCCGUCAGGUUCUGUGACGUCUCCUGUAUUUUCCAAAACUCUGAAGGUUUCUCCUCCAGAACAAUAUUUUGAAUAUAAAAGGAUUUUAUACAUACGUGAUCUCUUUCAGGUGCUAGCAAAUUAUGGCGUGCUCUUAAGAAUCCAGUCACUAACGGUUCUUGUCUAUCAGGUGUCGUUCACACGCAUUACUUGUCCGGCCCACCUUAUCUUCGACAGUUUGGCGUACAGAACGGCACCUUUGUUUUUUGACCGUUUGCGCAGGUCGUGCUUUGGAUUCCUUCCUUCACUUAUGUGA